CGUCAACGUAAUUUCUUUUAUUAUACAAAAUGGCCAUCAAUUCUAUCAAUAGUUCUUAAAGGAUUUAAAAAAGUUACGAUUAUUGAGAUGAUCAAUAAGUAACGUCGGAAUAUUUAAUACAGGAAUGUAAAACUACAAAGCGUAUGAACCUGAUUCAACAAGAAAUUAACUUCGAAAUAUCUCGAUAAGGAAUAAUUGAUUUUUGAAAUUAUCUAAAUACUUUCGGAUCAAAAUUUGUAUUAAAAAUUCCGACAUUGUGUAUCAACUUAAUGGCCAAUCGAAUACUAUUUUUUCGAAACACAUUUAUAAUUUUACAAGCUAAGAACACUUUUGAACUUCCUAAUUCUGUACUAUACUGCUUAAUUGUCCCUUUGUAUUAUCUUUUUCUAGAUUAUAGAUUUCACCAAUACUGUGAAAGCGAUAACGUGGAGCAAACGAUUACUCCGUUUUUCUGGAGUUUGGCCAUUGGAAAUUCGGGACUCGUUAUUUCUACCUUUUUUAUUUUACGGAUGUCUUUACAGUUUCUUAGGAAUUCUCGAUUUGAUCGAUUCCAUCAAAGAUAUCCGUUACGUAUUGACAAAUAUUAUGGAGAACAUGCUAAUGUUAAUGACAUUGAUGAAAUUUGGAAUGUGCCGGAUAAAGUAUCGAUCUUUGUCAAAAUUUUUGACAGAAACGAAAAACGAUUACACCGUCGAUAAUUAUAAAACCAAAGAGGAGAGACUGAUUUUCAUUAAAUAUAACAAACUUUCUUAUAUAUUCGUCAUGACUGCGUUUCCAUUGAUGACCUUCAUAAUUCUUUUGUAUUAUUUUAGAACUGUCUUACCGAGUGUACUUAUGGUUAUGAAAAAUUCUUCAUUGGAAUAUAAAUUACCUUAUAAAAUAAAGCCAUUAUUGAAGCCGUACGAUACAAAAAGGUAUGCGUUUGGUUGCAUACACGAAUUUUUACGUAUAACAAUGGUCAUUUCCGGUUACAUCGGAACUGAUUGUUUAUUGGCUUCUACCGGUUUUCAUCUUAGCGGUCAAUUGGCAAUAUUGAAGUGCAGAGUAAAGGAUGUUUUAAAUGAUAUUGAUGGCUCCCGGGAAGGAAUUCAUAAAAUGAUUCUUCGACAUCAUCGUUUGAUAAGAUUAGCGGAUAUAUUAGAAGAUAGUUUUAAUAUCGUUAUUGGUCAACAAUUGUUAGGUACAACGUUUCAGAUUUGUAUAUCGAGUUAUCAAACACUUUCCAGUUUAGCGGUAUUAGAAGGAGUCGGUAUAUUAACGUUCCUUAUAUACAUGUUCGUUUUGUCGAGUACAUUGUUCACUUAUUGUUACAUCGGUGAAUGUCUCAUCGAGGAAAGCACUAACUUGUGCGAGGCGCUUUAUCAUUGCGACUGGUACGAGCUGUCGACGAUCGAUGUGAAAUCGAUUUACAUUUGUAUGAUACGUGCUAGAAAACCACUACGAUUGACUUGCGCGAAGUUUUGUGUCAUAUCCUUGCGCACUUUUACGGACAUAAUGAAGACAUCGAUGGCUUACCUAUCGGUACUACGAACGUUUAUGUAAACAAAAUUAUGAAACAACUAGACUUGAAUAAUUAUUACUGGAAUAUUGUUAAUGACAUUUUGAUAAAAAAAAUUUUGGACAUACAGUAUGUAAUAAAUGUGCAUAGAAUCACAUUAUUUGAAUAAGUAUU